UCCUUAUUACUAAUCGAGUUCUUUGUCGGUGAAACGUAGACUAUCACCAUGGAUCUCUCAUUUAUGGCUGCGCAGAUCCCCGUCAUGACGGGUGCUUUCAUGGACUCUUCGCCCAACGACGACUACAGCACGGACCACUCGCUGUUUAACUCCUCGGCCAGCGUGCACGCGGCCGCGCUGUCCGCCCACAGCCAGCAGGAGGAGCAGCAGCCCAUGUCACGAGACGCCAUCUGGCUCUGGAUCGCCAUCACCGCCACCAUCGGCAACAUCGUGGUGGUGGGCGUGGUCUACGCCUUCACGUUCUGA